AUGAGCCGGCCUCGUACUUCGCGAAGCCAUCGCUUGCCCAGUGGCAAUUCGCCAAACCAUGAGGCGCAGAACGCCGUCGUCGGCUAUGAGCGCUCAGGCGGCUCGGCAGACUCCAGGCUGUCGUCUAUCAACGCUCCUGAUCAGUCCUUUCCGGAUGGUGUAGAAGUUCUGCGCGACUGCCAUGACGCCCUCGUCGAUAUCUGCUUUGUUCACGGGUUGACGGGCAAUCGGAACAGCACCUGGACUGCUCGUGGCCAGUCCGAACCGUGGCCAAAGACGCUGCUGCCCAAGAACCUCGGCAAAGCUCGCAUCAUUACAUACGGAUACGACGCGUAUUUUGUGCGUAAAUCGGUCGCAUCUCAGAACGGGCUAAGUGAGCAUGCUCGGAACUUCUUGAGCGACCUGACGACAGACAGAGACUUGUCCAAUGCCUCGUCUCGGCCGCUGCUCCUCGUCGCUCACAGCCUUGGCGGGCUCAUCUGCAAGGAAGCCAUACUGCUCUCCAGGAAUAACCCCGAGGAGCAUCUCAAAGCCAUGUUCCAUUGCACAAAGGGCAUCCUGUUCAUGGGAACUCCGCACCGGGGGUCUUGGAUGGCGGACUGGGCCAGCAUACCCGCCUGGGCUCUUGGGACUGUCAAGUCCACCAACAACUUUCUACUUCAAGUUCUAAAGACAAACGACCGUCACCUGAAGUCUGUUCAAGACAAUUUCUGGUCCAUGAUACGGGAGCAGCAGAAUAAUGGCCGUGAUAUCAAGGUCACCUGCUUCUUUGAAGAGCUUGCCAUGCCUGUGGUCGGUAAGGAAGUCGUCCCUAAAGACUCGGCCACUCUCGAAGGUUACCAUGCACUUAGCAUUCACGCCAACCACAGUGACAUGGUAAAGUUCAGUUCCGCAGACGAUAAUGGAUACAGAAGGGUGCUGGGUGAGCUGGAUAGGUGGUAUAAACGGAUCAAGGAUCCGGACACCCAUCAAGUAUCACAACCGAUGAACCAAGGCCGCGCCAGGGAACAUGCCAGUUUUUCAUUUCACAACAGCGGGUCUGGUGACAUGUUCAACGCGCCUGGGGGCACGGUGAACAAUUGGCAACGUCCCUGA